GAAGGAGGAGGAGGAGGGGAAGGAGGAGGACGCUCCGAUCUUCUUCUUCUGCAGGUGAAUAAAAACUGAACCCGCUGCCGGAGAAGAAGAAGAAGAAAAAGAAGAAACUUCAAACCUAGAACUUUAUUUCUUCAUUUAUUUCUGCGGUUUUUCUGAACGAACUUCCGCUCAGGAUGAUCCACAUGAAGAGGAGCAGCUGCAGAGGCGUGAUCAUCGUCCACACGCCGUUACCCGUCAGCCUGCUGCAGCCACAGUUUCAGGACGUUAAAGUCUCCUCAGACUGCAGGAAGAUUCUCUCUCAGACCACUUCCAGGACCAGAAGCAGCAGAAACAGAUCAGCUUCAUCCAGACAUGAGCGGCUCUCCAGCGCCUCCCUCAGGAGGCUGCAGGUGAGGAUUGAGGCUGAAAAGCAGCAGAUGACAGAAAUAAUUCAGCCGUUAGUCGACACAGAAAACACUUUUAUGAAGGAGCUGCAGAGUUUUCUGGAGCUCCGGGAUGAACUGGAGCUCCGGAGGAAGGAGCUGCUGCAUAAGAGCUGGACGGAGCGAGUCUGGUUUCCUCUGCAGAGGAAGGUGGAGCAGCAUCUGUCCAGCUGGGGACCGACGGAGGCCGAGAGGCGCCGCAGUUCAUUCAGGAACUACCUGCAGCAACGCCAAGCUGAGCUCAGAGCAGCAGCUUUAAAGGAUCCGUUUGCAUGAAACUCUGCAGGAGAAAACGACGUGUGGAGCAGGAUGUGAGGAAAGAAGAGAACGACUCGGUGAACUCGACCAGGAUUCAGGAGUUUCUCCAGACGAGGACGAAGCUGAACGAAGGGUCAGAUCCAGGGAGAAAAACACAAAAAGAGG